AAUUUAUUUGCCAUGGCUUAUUAGUCUGUUUAUUUAUUUGUGAGGACUUAAAGCCACAUAAACUUAUUGACAUAAUAUAAAAGAGCAUGAGCAGAAGAAGCUCAAGACAUUUAUCUUCUUGUAAGUUUUAGCCUUGAUUUCUAACGUGUGCAAACCAUACAAGAACAAGAAUCUUGUGUUGCAGUAUCAUCACAGUAUGUCGACCGGACAAGCACCAGAGAAGUCCAACUUUAACCGGAGAUGUAGUUUGCUCAGCCGGUACUUGAAGGAGAAGGGAAGUUUCGGAGAUAUAGUUAUAGGCUUGGCUCGAAAGUCCGAUCUUGAGCUUGCCGGAAAAAACGAUCACAGAGCUCAACAAAAUGCAAUAGAGAAGGCAAACAUUUCUGAAAGCAGACCCUUCAAGUUGACUCAGAAGCAACUUUCAGUAGGUGAAACCUCUAUUUCUUCCAGAGGCAAAGCCAUAGAUGUCGUCGAUCUAAGUGAACCGAGAAACGUACCGGAGCCUAAAAAUUCCCAGCUGACCAUAUUUUUCGGCAGUAAAGUUAUAGUUUACAACGAGUUUCCUGAAGACAAAGCCAAGGAGAUAAUAGAAGCAGCCAAAGAAGCAAAUCCAGUUGCUGUUGACUCAAAGAAGACUCAGAAUCACAUGAAUCUUGAUAUCAACAUUAGCAACAAAAGCAACGUUGUGAUUCCUGAUCUUAAUGAACCAACGAGUUCUGGAAACAACGAUGAUCAUCAAACAAAGGAGCAACAUCAAGUCGUGGAACGUAUCGCAAGAAGAGCCUCUCUUCAUCGGUUCUUUGCUAAACGAAAAGACAGGGCUGUGGCUAGAGCUCCGUAUCAAGUGAACCAAAACGGUGGUCAUGUUCCUCCCAAGCCACAAAUGGUCGGUCCAUCAGUAGAGGCAGGACAACACUCACGACAGCCUGCAACACCCUCAAAACCACAGAGACAUAACGAUAUGUCGAUGGAAGUGGACGAAGAAGAACGGUGUUCAAAAGAUCUCGAACUCAAGCUUUAGGACCAGACCCGUCCCUUCUAUAAGGCCAAUAAAGCAUUGGUUUCAGGCCACAUAUUAUAAAUACAAAAAAUAGACCACAUUUUCAAAAAUUACUUGUAGCUUAGACGGGAAAAGUAAGAGAUGUUAGACCUUUUGGUCUCUAGUUCGAACCAGACCACAGCCAGUUUUAAAUAUAUUUUUCAUUGGUAAUU